UUGAAUACUUCCAUCCGUCCUUCCAAGUUCAAUUAUUCCGUAAUAAUAGGGUACAACAGAGAUUGUGCGCCAUCUUCACACUCAGCUAUAGCGUACGGCAACCAUUCUCUCAACGUAUUCUGCUUCUCCAGCAGUCAGUCUAGUCGCUCCAUAUAACGCGAAACCGAACCAGAGAUGAUUAUUCCUGUCCGGUGUUUUUCAUGUGGCAAGGUCGUUGGGGAUCUUUGGGAACGUUAUCUACAAUUACUCGAUGAGGGUGUUGCGGAUGGUGAUGCUAUGGAUCAACUCGGUUGCAAGCGGUAUUGCUGCCGUCGAAUGAUCAUGACCCAUGUUGAUUUGAUUGAGAAACUUCUUCGGUAUAACCCAACAGAAAGAGAUCGUGCAAAAUCUCAAAUGUAACUGGAUUAAAUCUCAAUUGAACCUGAGUUUUGACAGCAAAUCACUUUCCCAGAUGGUGAUGACAGAUGCUCAACUUCUCAAUUUAUUGGCUUGUGUGAGAAAUAGGCCAAUACUGAAUAUCCGUCGUCUCGGGCUUGAUGGGGUAAUUAGGCACAUUAACUGCUGCAUCCCUGCUUGGUUAUAUCAAGCAUAUGUGUGCUAUUGUCAUUUUUCGAAAGUGACCGUCCAUUUUCAGUAUCGACAAUUUUGGGGUAUCGAAUAACUCCGCUCUUUGCAGGGCCAUGUUUUGCAGGCAUAUGGAUGGGGAACUCUGCUUCUUUCUUGCGAGUCUUGGCAUGUCUCCAGUGUUCGUUCCCCUCUUUUCUUCCUCUCCUCUCAUUUGCUUAGUCUUCUAGGUAGGUGAACCGCUAAAAUGCAAAAUAAAAGAGGGGCUCGGAUUGCAUUAUAUAUCUUAAUCCAUCUGUAACUAUAUUGUCAUUGGUAUAUGGAAUCAGUCAUGGCUGUCGUAGUCGACCUAAGAUAGAAGAGUUAAAUUUUUAUGCAGAGUACGGAGGCGUGCACCAAAAGUCCUGGCCAG